AUGGAGGUCGGCCUAAUAACUUAUGACAAAGAUGGUAGUGCUAGGUUGCUACCUGGAUACAAGUUUGAUGCAACUGAUGAGGUUCUUGUGGAUUUCUACCUGAAAAGACGGGCCUUUGGUCAACCUCUUCCUAUUCAAAUCAUCCCGGAUUUUAAUGUGUUUCAGACUGAGCCUUGGGGGCUUCCUGGAGGAGAUGGAAGGAUUUUCAAUGAGCGCAAGUGCUUCUUCUACAACACCAUGGGUCGUGACCUUGAAAGCCUUGACAUGAGAGAUGCUGGGAGUGGCCAGUGGAGGGUCGUGGAGAAAGGAAAAGACAUUCCUAUCCCUCGAAACAAUCAAGUGAUUGGGAAGAGGAACACCCUUAUCUUCUGGGAGGUGCAAGGAGCAUGUGCUAGGAGGACCAAAUGGGUGAUGCAUGAGUUUCGCCUUGUUUUAAUUGCCAACCCAUCUAAGAUGGGAAAUUGGAUUGUGUACCGCAUCUUUCUGAAGAAGGAUGCAAAGAGUAUAAGAGGGUCUAAUGGGGAGAGCACCAAAGGUGGAAGAAUUGCUGGAAGUGUUGAGGUCAUCGAUCUUAAUGAGGGGAGUGAUAGUUUCUUAGGCCAUUAG